AGGUGCGUUGCGGUCGGCGAUGCCGACUGCGGGAAGACUCAAUUACUCACCGCUCUUGCUGGACGAAUUAGUUGGGGAGAGUACAUACCGACCGUGUUCGACAACUAUUCUAUGCGUUGCAGUGUUCGCGAAGAGAACCAAGGAAGAAACGUAGAGCUGGGUCUCUUCGACACAGCAGGGCAAGAGGAGUACCGCAGACUGUUGCCAUUCACAUUCGCUCAAGCAGAUGUGUUUAUUGUCUGCUUCCCGGCUGAUGCGUCCAUGGAGCGCUUGGCAGCUAGCGUCAGCGACCUAUGGCUGCCUGAGAUCCAUCGAGUAUGUCCUGGCGCUCCAUUCGUGGUUGCUGCGAUCCACAAUGAUUGGGACGACGCAGACGAUGUCCCUGGGGCCUUGUUGUCUAUUGAUCCCGAAGACAGGGUCAACUUCGCCAGGAAGAUCGGCGCCUCUGGCUAUUUCGAUAUCUGGCCCUGUACUCGCAUCCGGGUAGACCAGCUGUUGACCGAGGUAAGUACACGUACAGGGAACAGCCCGGCCAAGAGCCCCAUGAGUCCUGAUGAACAGCAGCUCAUUGCGCGAUUCAGGUCAUUGGCGCCGCCGUAA